AUGGGCGUGCUCAAGGGCGAGAAGGACUUCAGCGAGGCGGCGACGAUUUUGGCGCUGCUCCCGCUGAACUGCGGCCUCGCCUUCACGAUCCCCGACUGCCGCGUGCCGGGCCACGAGCACUACUGCUACUUCACGUUCGCCGGGUCCAUCGUGUGGAUCGGCGCGUACUCCUGGGGCAUGGUCUACGGCAUCACGCAGAUCGGCUGCUUCACGGGCAUUCCCAUCUUCAUCAUGGGCCUGACCUUCCUCGCCGCGGGCACGUCCGUGCCGGAUUUACUGUCCUCCGUCGUCGUCGCGAAGCAGGGCAAGGGCGACAUGGCCGUGUCGUCGUCCAUCGGGUCCAACAUCUUCGACGUCGCCGUGGGCCUCCCCCUGCCCUGGCUCUGCUUCGUCGUCUACUACGGCUGCCCCGUGCCCGUCGGCGGCCACGCGGAGGGCAACGGCCUCUCCGUCGCGAUCCUGCUGGCCAUGGUCGCCGUCGUCAUCGUCUCGAUCGCGAGCAGCGGCUGGAAGAUGUCCCAGGGCCUGGGCUACACCAUGUUCGGCCUCUAUUUCGUAUUCGUCGCCCAGGAGCUCUUCCGGAACUACAGCUAG